AUCGGAAUAGGUAGUGCAAUUUGGCGGGAUUGCGUGACGAAAUCUUAACAUGGACAUGCCAACCGCGCGGGAUUACUAUUUCGAUACGAGCUGGUCACAAUAAAGAUUAUUAGGGUUUAAAAAUGUUAUAUUACAUUAAAUUAUUAUGCAAUUUAACGCGACUUAACUUAAUUGACCGCCAUAUUUUUCCUUAUUUCAAACUCAACUAAAAUUCUUAGAAAAUGUAUUGUACGAAUACAAAGGCACGCAAAUUGCACUCUUGUACGAUUAGCGAUAAGAUGCCAAUUUGAAAUGAAUGCAGUGUUCUACUUUUUUUUUGUUGGCGGCAUUUGCCUUUCAAGUGGCGGCGGCAUGCGCUAAACAAUAAAAGAGUGAAACUUCUGUACUUAUUAUUGUUUUUGCUUAACAAAGGCAACGACUAAUAAGAGUACUAACAUAAAGUGUAAAUGGGAGAAAGAGACAAUAAAUCCCAUAUUUCUGUCUCUUUUUUGCAAAAGGGAUGAUGAGGUGAUACGGCGGUGUUUGUUCACUCCUGUUCUUCGGUUCAUUGAGUGCAUACGUUGUGAGUUCGAGUUACUUAUUUGAUUAUCUUGACGACAUCUUGGCUUGUUUUAUGGACUGACGAACCUCUGCAUUUGUGAUGAUUUGGCUCUUGUAUACCGGACUUCUGAUUUUUGCGUGACUGAAUUGGAUUUGUUUAUGAAAAGGACCAUUUUUGGGUGAAAAUCGAUUACUCAGCUCAGACAACAUGAGUUGGCGAGCAAAGGAAGAGACUGUUCAACGCUGGAUUGAAUCCUAUCCUGAACUGAUGUACGAGUCCACAAAUCAUACAAUUUACUGUACGAAAUGUGAGACUAACAUCGGAUGUCGAAAGAGCACCAUCAAGAGACAUGUUGAGGGAGUUGUGCAUAAGGGAACACUGUCGAUGUCUCCAAAUGAUUUUUUAUUUGAUUUUAUAGAGUUCCUUAUUCUCUGUAAUAUUCCGUGGGCACAAGUUGAAAACCCAUCUUUUAAAAACUUUUUUCAAAAAUACAUGUGCUGCGCUUGUUCUAAUCGAAAAAAGCUGCCCAGUGAAUCAAUACUCAGAAAAAAAUAUUUGGACGAAAUUUAUGCAAAGAAGCUUGCUACAAUACACAGCGAGAUUGUGGACGAAAAAAUAUGGAUUUCAUUGGAUGAAACUACUGAUUUCUUAGGAAGAUAUGUAGUGCACUUUUUGGUCAAACCUUUGAACUCUACAGCAUCAAAAAAAGUUUACCUAAUAGCUUGUAAAGUAUUAGAAAAUAUUAAUGGAAAAACAAUUUCUCAGUUUGUCAUUGAUUGUUUGAAAAAUCUGUGGGGUGACUCCUAUGAAGAUAAAGUGGAAAGUGUUCUUUUGUUAUGUACAGACAGUGUUGCGUACAUGUUGACAGCGGGGCGAGUUUUAAAACAACAUUUUCCGAACAUGAAGCAUGUCACUUGUUUAGCUCAUGCUCUCCAUCGGGUAGCAGAAAAAAUACGUUCUGAAUAUCCGGAUGUAGACACACUGAUUGCCAACGGAAAGAAAAUUUUUUUGAAGUCUCCCAGUAGAGUAAAAUUGUUAAAAGACAUGUAUCCCAAUUUACCGUUGCCACCUCAACCAAUAAUAACACGGUGGGGCACUUGGCUUGCAGCAGCCUCUUAUUAUGUGAAAUAUUUUGACGAAAUUAAACAUAUUUUGACAUGUUUGAGAAGUUCAGAAGCAGUCUCAAUAAAAAAUGCGAAAAAUAUUAUUAAUAAAGACAAUAUUCGAAAUGAUUUAAAUUUCAUCGACGAAAAUUUUAAAAUAAUACAAAUAGCGUUGACAAAUUUACAAAAACGCGAUAGAUCCAUAGUCGAAUCAUUUCAAAUAUUUGAUGAAGUAAGGUCAGUAGUAAAUUGGAGUAUGAGUUCACCUAUACAAAAUAAAUUAGAAGCAGUCAUAUCUCGCAAUCCGGAUAUUGAUAUUAUCAGGACGUUUUCAGAACAAAUCGCAAGCGGUUCAGCAACUGACGAUAUUUUAAUUUGGAAAUUUGCCCCGCUGACAUCAGUAGAAGUUGAACGGACGUUUUCGACAUAUAAAUGGAUAUUAAAUGUUAAAAGAAAUAGAUUAAAGUUGGCAAAUAUGGAAAAGAUUAUCGUAAUUUAUUUCAAUUCCACAGAAAACGAAAAUGCUAUUUCAAAUGUUGAAGAAAUUGAUAGUGAAAAUGAAGAUGACGAUUGAAGGAAACAAACUUUUUAAUUCAAUCGUUCGUUCGUUCGUUUUCUGUCGAAUUGAAAUAAAUUACGAUAAUUACUGUUUUUAUUUAAUGCAAAGGUUAAAUUAAAUAUUAAUCAACAAUGUUAAAUUUCAUUAUGAUUAUCAUGUGCUCAUAAUUUGGUGCCCGAUAAAUGGCAAUAGGCUCGCCCCCUAUAUGCGACUCAAACAUAGCUGGCGAGGAGUGGGUAUUUUAUACUUCUGCCUACCCCUUCGGGGUUACAAGCGUGAUGCUAUGUUUUCUAAUGGUAUUUCUCUGAUUAUGUUGUUAAUUAACAAAUGAUUAUUUUAACUUGUUGUCUACAUUGUAUGAACACUUUUAUUCGUAACUGAAUGCUUACACGUUUUACAAUAAUAAAAAAAUAUUUAAAGGACCAAUGUUUUUUAUUUCUUCCAUACUUUUCACUUUAGAAAUGAUAAACAUUUAAAAUAUAAUACUUAUAAAAUAAUUGUUUUCUUUUAUAAUACCAGUAUAGAUAGAAAAUAUCCGAAAUCCCGCAAUCCCGCAAUCCCGCCGGGCGUAUCCACACUAAUAUAAUGUUUGAGGUCGUUGACCCUAAAUUGCACUACCUAUUCCGAUCAUUGCUAAUAACACAUCU